AUGGUCAUUGACAGUCAGUAUAAAAAUAUCCGCCUCGAGUACAGAGCAUUCAACGAAAUGCUCAAGUGUUCUACCCUUCUGACAUCCGUGUUGGCCGUGGCGUGCUACGAAGUCAUGAAACUCGAAGAAAAUGAUGCUAAAGAGAAUGGUUUGAUCAAGUUCCUGCAGGAGCAUGCUGGAGCAAUACGGGAAUACGAGUACAAUUCCGAUCUGGCAAAUAAAGCCUAUGGAUAUCUCGACUGUGACGAUCUGAAUUGCGACGAAAAAAUUCCACAUGAUGCUGUACUUGUUCUUGGUUUCUACAGUCAAGAUGGAGAGGUGCAGACUGUCAUUGAUGGCGUCAAAAAGUACUGGAAAUCCUCGGAAAACCCUGAUUCGCUUCAACAGAAAAAGGAACAAGUGAGUUACAGAUGUGUUGUACUCUCGAUUCGUAUGAGAGAGCCUCAUACGUUAGCCAACAUAAGUUAA